AUCCCGGAUGUGGAGGGAACAUCCUCCACGGUGAAAAGGGGGCUGGACUGGCGCGUCGUGAGGGAGCAGAAAGGGGGUAGAUAGAGAGAGCAUCAGAACCGCUGUGCGCUCUGCUCGUGGCUUGUUGCGCCGCCGCGCGCGCUUUUCCCGCGGAUCUUCUGGGUUCUCCUCUGUUCGUCGACCUGGAGAACAGGCGCGUUUGCCGGAGCUGAAGAUCCACGAGCCGCUCGGAGGUAAAGCCAUCCAGGUGCCGUCAGAGUUCCUCCAGGACUGACUGAAGCCUCCAUGACCAGCAACGGCACCCCUCAGGGCUGCGGCCCGAACGUGGACUCCCUCUACUACAACCUGUGUGACCGCAGCGCAGCAUGGGGCAUCGUGCUGGAGGCCUUGGCAGCGGCUGGAAUCAUCUUCUCCUUCGUGCUCUUCAUCUCCCUGCUGGCCAGCACGCCCUUCAUCAGAGGCAGCAGGCAGAGGAGCGCCAUCCCUCUUCACACCGGCUUCCUGGUCUGCACCGCUGGCCUCUUUUGCCUGACGUUUGCCUUCAUUGUGGGGAAAGACUUUGCCACCUGCGCCUCGCGUAGGUUCCUGUUCGGCGUGCUGUUUGCGGGCUGCUUCGCUUGCCUCCUGAUGCAGAGCGUGAGGUUGAACAUCCUGGCCAGGAGGAACGGCGGGCCCCGAGGCUGGGUGUUGUUUCUUGGAGCUCUGGGGCUGUGGCUGGUGGAGGUGAUCAUCAACACAGAGUGGCUUAUCAUCACCGUGGUACGCCAUCCACUGGCGCCGAUCAACGCUACAGGCGCAACCGGCAAAGCCACGGACACACCGUGCAACAUCAGCAACCAAGACUUCGUCAUGGCGCUGAUCUAUGUGAUGGCGCUGAUCCUGGCUGUCGUGGUGGCAAGUCUGUCAAUCAUGGGAGGCAAACAUACGACGUGGAAGAAAGAGGGCGCGCCGGUGCUCGUCGCAUCCCUGCUCUCUGUAGGCAUUUGGGUGACGUGGAUCGUCAUGUACGUCUACGGAAACGAGACCACUGGGGGUCCCACGUGGGACGACCCCACUCUGGCCAUUGCUUUGGUGUCAAACGCGUGGGUGUUCAUUGUUGUCUACACCAUUCCACAAAUCUGCUGUGUGACCAGCGACGAAGAGAGCCAGCCGGACUACGAAGACCCUAACCUGUCUGACCGAGUCGGAUAUGAAACCAUCCUGAAGGAGCAGAAGAAGAACACGCACAACAUGUUUGUGGAAAAUAAGGCUUUCUCUAUGGACGAGCCCAGCAGAGGAGCCAAGUUUGUGUCUCCGUACAGCGGCUACACUGGUCAGGUGCGUAGUUCUGUCUACCAACCCACUGAGCUGGCUCUUAUGACCAAAGCAGUGGGACCUAAACCUCCGGACCAGACCCACGAAAUGAUUAUUCCCAGAGCCACCGUGGGGUCAGCAGUCCACAACAGGGGCAGCACCCCCCCGGCCCACCAUGACACCGGGAACGCGGCGCACACACAUCCCAGCGGUCCCGGCUUGCAAAGGACCGCCCAGUGGUGAACACGCCUCUUCUCAUUUGCACGUUUGCUGUGAUCCUUGGUUCCUGAGGAGGAAGGAGAGGGUUCCCUUCCAAUGGAUCUGAGAUAAACCUUCUAUUGAAUGAUUUUCCAAGUGCCACCCUGUGUCAGAAAGUCAAGAGCCAGACCAGCUCAACCGGAGCUCCCGGGGUGGAAGUCUCGCUUCAGAACCAAGACUUUACAGACGACACCUUUGCUGAACUCAGAGUUCUGCGCUGGAUGUGGAUGGGAGUUGGAGCUGAUGUUCUGUGAAAGCAGCUGGUCCAAAACUGAAGCUUGGAUGGGAUAUUUACUCUGUAACAACAAGCCAUUUGGUUCCUGGGCCUAAAUUUAAAAAAAUAAUUUAUACUAGUAAUAAUCUUCCACUGUUACGCUUGUUGUAGUAGUUAUUUUGCAUUUCAGGAAAUGUGGUUCCUGCUGUUUUUAAUCACAUUUCACAGACAAAUUGGGCUUUUGGUUUGAAAAUGCAUGCUCUGAAAUGUUAGUAAUUUCCCAUCAUGGGAUCAAUUAAAGUUCUAUCUAAAUAUGUCAUUGAUUAUACUCUGUUUGGGUCCACUGUACUGUACUAAUGUUAAGUUAAAUUAGGACUUUGUGCUAUUUAAAUAAAUUCUAAGAAUCAAAGAA